AUGGCGGAAGCCCCACAAGAACGACCAUUAAGGUCCUACGCUAUUCCUUCGCAAGAAGAACCGCACAAUAGCAUCGCUGCCCCCGCUAUUGAAGCAAAUAACUUUGAGCUUAAACCUUCAUUGUUGUCGGCCGUACAACAAAACCAAUUCUCCGGAAACCCCACGGACGACCCCAAUUUACAUUUGUCCAUAUUUUUGCAAUACGCGGAUACCGUGAAGGCAAAUGGUGUCAGUCCCGAAGCUAUAAGACUUCGCUUAUUCCCAUUCUCGUUAAGAGAUAAAGCUAGAGCCUGGCUCCAGUCCCUACCAUCCAACUCAGUCGCAACAUGGGACGAGUUGAAGAAAGUCUUUUUAGCAAGAUAUUUCCCGCCUAGCAAGACUGCUAUGCUAAGAGCCCAAAUCAAUGGAUUUAGACAAAGAGACAAUGAGUCUCUCUUCGAAGCAUGGGAAAGAUAUAAAGAAAUGAUUAGGAUAUGUCCUCAUCAUGGGCUCGAAAAUUGGCUAAUUAUCCACACCUUUUACAAUGGUCUCUUGUAUAAUACAAGAAUGACAAUAGACGCCGCAGCUGGUGGCGCACUUAUGGAUAAACCAUACAACCAAGCCUAUCAGCUUAUCGAGAGCAUGGCUCAGAACCAUUAUCAGUGGGGAAACGAGAGAACAACAGUAGAGAAACCUCAAACGAAAGGUGGAAUGUACGAAAUCAGCAACAUGGACCACAUCAACGCCAAGUUAGAUGCCUUAACUCAAAAGAUAGAGAGUCUAACCAACGCACCCAAAGCCACCGUGGCUGCAACAAUACAAAAUUGUGAGUUGUGCGGAGCUCAAGGUCAUACAAUCGCUGAAUGUCGACUUCUAACCGAAGCUCCCAACGACCAAGUGAAUUACACUCAAGGGAACUCUUACAACCAAAACCAGAGAAAUCACCCGUAUCUUUCGUACAAUAGCAACAACGCUUUAUAUGCACCUGGCCAAGCACCUACUCCUUCGCCACCAGGAUUCCAAAAACCUGCUCAAAAUGCUCCUAUGAAGUCAAACCUUGAAUUGAUGAUGGAGAACUUCAUAGCCCUACAAACUCAAACUAACAAGGAAUUCCUAAAUCAAAACAUACACACUAAUGAGCAAAUUAAGCAAUUAACAAGCAGGCUAGAACUCUUGACCACUCACAAUAAGAUGUUAGAAACACAAAUCGCACAAGUGGCACAACAACAAGCAUCUACCUCUGCUCCUGCAGGCAUAUUUCCUGGCCAGCCUCAACAAAACCCUAGGGGACAUGUGAAUGCUGUUAUAUUACGAAGUGGGACACAAUAUGAUGGACCAGCUGAUCCUAGAACUAAAAAUCCUACCAUGCAACCCAAUUCCGAUAAGACAACCGAGAAGGAGAGUGAACCAAAAGAAAAGGAGGAUAGUGGAGAGGAAACCAAAGAGAAAGAGAAACCUUACGGCAGUUUAAGAAAUUUGUAG